AUAUAGAAAAAAAUAUUAAAAUGGCUGAAACUGAUGUAAACGAAAUUUUGCGUACACGCAUAAUUGAUGUUGAUGAAUCGAAAUGGAAACCUUCCGACAAGAUUCCUCUCAUAAAUAAAGAAAUAGAACAAGCCAAAGCAGAAAUGAAAACAUUCCUACAGAACAGUGAUUUUGAUAUUGAAACAAUGUUACAUGAAGGUAAAGAACUCAUUAUUGAAAGCAAAACUCUUAUUUUGGAAAUGGAAAGAUGUAAAAACCAGAUAGAAGAGGAAACUCUCAAAGAGAUUUUGGAUUCAAUGGAAAACCAUGACAUUAUUGGCAAAGAACUAAAAUCAGUCAAUUUUUGUUUAAACAUACUGAAUGAUGUCCUGCAAAUAGGAAAUUUUAUCAAAGCGUUUGAUGUCGGUACAGAAUUCCAGAGUUAUCUCAAAGCUGUGGAAGCUGUGUUUGAUCUGUUGAGGUACAUUGAAAAGCCGGCAGAAGGUGUGCAAGAUCUGCAUCUGUUUGACAGUACAAAAGUAACAGCCCAAUUGACUUAUAAAAAUUUAAUUUUCGACAUGUGUAAGGAAUGGGACAGAAUGGUUGCAUGUACUAGUGAUCAUGGUCCUGAAUCAACUGUAAUUAAAAUGAACCUUACAUUGGAUAAAACCACAUCCACUUUGGAUGUUUUGAAAGCAUUAGAUAAAUGUGGUACACUGGUAGAUAAAAUAGCACUGUUUGCACAUUUUAUUCUACGGGAAUUAAUAUUACCCAUAAUUCGUAAUGAUUGUACUGUUUUUGCUGAAACAAGUGAAUUGAUGACGGUAACAAUAGUAUAUAGAGAUAAUUACAAGCCACCGUAUGACGAGGUUAUUACAAACUUACGGUUGCUAUUUCAUUAUCUAAGUGACAGAUUGAAUAUUUCUUUCACUAAUUUAAACACACCUAUUAUAACUAUGAUAGGCAGAUUAGUAUGUGAGGAAUUUAGAGAUGUUCUAGUCAACGACUGUCUUCUUGAUACUAUACCAAAUAAUAUUGUCCAACUACGAAAAUAUGACAAGGUUACUAGGGUUGUAGAGGAUUUUCAGAAUUUCUUACAUGCAGCGAAAUUUUUCCAUGAUGAAAAUUUCACAAUAUUGAACUAUUUGCAAAAUAUUGAUGAGCUAUUUGCUGCUAAGGCGAGCCAACACUUCUUAGUAUCGGCUAGGUCACUUAUGUUUAAUGAUUUAAGUGAAUCAAUAUUGAUAGGAGUAGAGAAUAUUCCGGAGGAUCCCAAAGAUGAUGAAAAGUGCGAUGAUGAGAUGAUUGAGCAAGGACUAGAGGUGUUUCAUCAAACGAUUCCAAGAAGCCUGUUCUUUUUCCCACGGUGCAUGAUAUCGAGAGCAGCUCAGGAGUUACUGGAUCUGGUGUAUGUUGGGAUGGAACAGGCUUCACAGUGCUCGUACAUCGUCAGUAAGAAGCUGUACUACACUGCUCGGUUGAUAUUUGAACUUUAUGAUGCAGUUGUUCCAUACCACCAUGAAAAUUUCCUUCAGACUAUCCCACAGUAUGCUGCAUUGUUCCACAACAACUGCAUGUUUUUGGCGCACCACAUGCUGACGUUCGGCGACAGAUGGCAUUCCUUGAUGCAGGGCCGCGAUUUGGACUACGCGGUGGGGUUCGUCGACCUGGUGCCGAAGCUGCGCGAGCUCGGCUGCCGACACCUCGCCGCGCAUAUGCAGCAGCAGAGGAAACAGAUACUCGAUAAUAUACGCACUUCCGAUCUGAACUGCAUUGUUGUGAAAGACGUUCUCGGCGAUAACGCGGAAGCGGCUGUUAGACAAUGCCUCAGACAAUUGCAGCUACUUAAAAAUGUUUGGAUUGGAGUGUUGCCUAGAAACGUCUUCAUCAGGUUGAUGGCAACACUGAUUAAUAUGUUUAUCGAUGAGCUGAUUCACCGUGUGUGCACUGUCGAGGACAUCUCCAUGGAAAUGGCGACGCAGCUAAAUGAAAUGUACAGCCUUGUUGUGCAGAAAGUACCUCAAUUAUUCCCGGAUGGGACAGACGUAAACACUUAUGUCAAGUCGUGGAUAAAACUCCAAGAGCUGGUGUUCGUUUUGGGCGGAUCUCUUAGAGAUAUAGACGUGCAUUGGGACGACGGCUCUGGACCACUCGCCAAGCACUUUACUACCGACGAACUUCGAAGUCUCAUUAAAGCGCUGUUUCAAAAUACACAAAUUCGCGCUAAUUUACUGUCUAAAAUUAAGUAAUUUCAUUCUUUCAUGAUUAUAUUCAUUGUAUCUGAUAUUAUACGAUAAUAAAUGGC